CCCGAGUCUACUGUCCGUCGCACAGAACCAGCGGUCUCGUUGCAAAUCAAAUAAUUGCCUGUGUGAAAAAGGAUUUAUUGCAAAAUGACUGAGCAAUCAUCUCUGCUUCUUCGAAAACAGCUGGCAGAGCUGAACAAAAAUCCAGUUGAGGGUUUUUCUGCUGGCUUAAUCGACGAUGAUGACAUCUACCAAUGGGAGGUUGUCGUUAUUGGGCCACAGGACACCUUGUAUGAGGGAGGAUUUUUUAAAGCACAUCUAAACUUUCCUCAUGACUACCCUCUGCGACCCCCUAAGAUGAGGUUUAUCACUGAAAUCUGGCACCCUAAUGUGGCAAAGAAUGGGGACGUGUGUAUCUCCAUCCUGCAUGAGCCAGGAGAAGACAAGUACGGCUACGAGAAACCAGAAGAGCGUUGGUUACCUAUUCACACAGUAGAGACAAUCAUGAUUAGCGUCAUCUCCAUGCUGGCAGACCCUAAUGGUGACUCUCCUGCCAAUGUGGAUGCAGCGAAUGGAGAGAGGAUCCCAACGGUGAAUUCAAGAGGAAGGUGGCUCGCUGUGUACGAAAAAGCCAGGAGAUGGCAUUUGAUUAGGCCUCCAUCAGCGGGACAGUUUUAUAGUUCAAUCAGUGAACAAUUGGAAGGAAGUCUCGUCAGUCUUCAGUCAACUUUGCACCAGUUAUUUGCUAAUAGGGAGACGGAAGCAAAGCCAGCCAUUUUUGACAAUAGGAUUAUUUGAUUUCUACUGAAUGUGUGAGAGCAAUCACGUUUUUUGGAGUUGUUAAGUUUUUCCACUCUGAGGUGUGUGUCUGAUUUAUUUAUUAUCUGAAUCAUGACGAUGUAUUGCAUGUUAUUUGUGUAUUGACUUGCUUUUUUUUUUUUUUUUUUUUACCUGCCACUGAGCCAUCAUCUUUCGAACAAGGUCUCUUAUGCAAUUCUAGAGUGCUCUGUGUCCAUUCUAACAGAAGCAGUAGAGAUUUGGACAAACGCUGAUUAGCCCUUCUCACUGUUAUUUAAUCCAGUUCCAACCUCCUGAUAAGUAUACCGCUAAAGUCCCUCAAGGGGUGAACUUGUUCUUUGCUGCCUUAAUUUGUUUUCCUGUAAGGAAGGAAACUGUUUCAGUGAUGUCAAGUCUGUCAGGAUGUUCCUUCUCCUAAUUUUUUUUUUUUUUUUUUGGACAAACCAAAAAGUUACAUAUUUGCAUGAGGGACAGAGAAUAUUUUUUGUAUAAAAAUGUAAGCUUGGAUACUGUAUUUUUCAUCAAUGUAUAUAUGAUGUAACCGUACGUUUGCAAUGUCAAUCAGUUCAUUUGUUCCCCGGUGUUUUAACCUCUAAUUUUGUAGAGUCUCACUUCAGGUGUAUUCUCCUCAAAAUUGUUAUUUGUUUUCUCCACCCUCCCUUUGCCCACUGCCACAUAUUCCCAUGAAUUAAACUGUAGUGUUUGUCUUACAUGUUUACAAGGUCUGACUGAUGUCUGGUGUGGUAAAAAACAAACAAAAAAGAGCUAUUAUGAUGGUAUGCAGGAUAUCGCCUGCUUAAUAUUUUAAUGAAGAGAAAGAUCUUUGCAACCUCUGUUGAUGCAAAACAUUAUUCAAAGCAAGCAAUAAAUGACUAACAAACAAACUAACGGUCCGCCAUGUUCAAUAUGGGGACGCAAUGAUGUAAGAGUUCGUUGUCAACUACUUAUUGAAUAUAUUUUACUAAUUAACCUACAGUCAAACAUAAAUCACAUUUUCUAGUCACUGAGAUUUCAAAUGUUGAGCAUAGCUGAUGACAUCUAUUUUACCUUUGUUGACUGUACAGCUGCAAUCACUGUUAAACCACAAGUUGUUUUGAGACAAAUAAAGGAAUAAUAGUAAUUU